AUGAUGUCAUCUUUACAUUCCCAGAACCUGUUUUCGGUCAAGGGCUUCGUGGCAGUCGUAACGGGGGGCAGUAGCGGUCUAGGGUUCAUGAUAGCCAAGGGACUGGUGCUCAACGGUGCAAAGGUGUAUAUCGUCGAUCUACCAUCGGCAGCCAUUGAAGAGAGGGUCGCUGCAUUGAACGAACUUGGGCAGGAAAGCGGAGGAUCAACCCAAGGGCUCCCUUGCGACGUAUCCAACAAGUCUGAGAUCGCCAGCCUCGCCGCAUCCAUCAACUCCCAAGAAACCCACAUCGACAUCCUGGUCUCCAACGCCGGAAUCAGACGCGACGCCCCAAUCCCGUGCGAUGUCCUGACGGCGCCUCUGUCCGAGCUGCAGGCAUCAAUGUGGUCCUCGCAAGACUCACACUGGGCAAGUACAUUCGCUAUCAACACGACGGCACACUACUUCCUCUCCGUCGCGUUUCUGCCCUUGCUAGAAGCCGCUUCGCGACUUGACCUGGGCAAUGGCCGACAAGGCCGAAGUGAAGGUCGUGGCGUGGUGAUCAUGACCAGCUCGUGUCCGAGCAUGCAUAACGUUACAAAUGUUGAUCUGACGAGCUAUGCGACGAGCAAGGCGGCAACAGACCAUUUGGUGAAGUUGUUGGCGGCGAAGUUUAGUCGGUUCUAUGUUAGGGUUGUGGGAAUUAACCCGGGAUUUGUUCCCAGUAACAUGAAUCCUGUUGGCCAGGAAGGCAAUAUGUUCAGUUCCCUGUUUGAUCGGGUUCCGGCGAAGAGGGCGGGUAGGGAGGAGGAUAUCGCGGGGACGGUAUUAUACCUUUCCAGUCGUGCGGGGGCGUAUGUUGAUGGCAUCAAUCUUUGUGUGGACGGUGGCCGAAUCUUGUUGGCCAAUGGCCAAGAGUGA